AUGGCGGGACGAGGAGGACGCGGCGGCAGCGGCCGCGGCGGGUUCAGCCCCGGCGGUCGCGCCGGUCGCGGGUUCACUCCCGGCGGCGGUCGCGGCGGCGGAGGCCGAGGCCGGGACGGCGGCCGAGGCCGAGGCGGAGGCGGCGGCGGCGGCGGCGCGGCGGGAACGAAGCGCCAGCGCGACCUCGCGGACGACGAGCUCGGGGAGAGGUACGACGGCUUCGGCGGCGGCGACGGCUUCGCGGACGCGUCCAAGCUCCGGAACGACAAGUUCGAGGCGUACUACCAGCACCAGGGCGUCGUGCCCCGAGACGAGUGGGAAUCGAUGAUGGACGCGUUCCGAACCCCGCUGCCGCUGACGUUCCGCGUGAACAUGUCCGGGAAGUUCCGCGAGUCCACGCGGAACACGCUCGAGAAGACGCUCUUCCCUGGGAUACGCGCGCACACGACGCGCCCGCCCAGGGCGCUGCGAUGGUACCCCGACGCGCUCGCGUGGCAGGUGGACGUGCCCAAGGAUGCGCUGAAAAAAUCCGACGACUUUCGCGCGCUGCAUCGCUUCUUGGUGCAAGCGAACGAGACCGGCGCGAUCACGCGGCAAGAGGCCGUGAGCAUGAUUCCGCCGCUGCUGCUGGACGUGAAGCCGUCGCACAGGGUGUUGGACAUGUGCGCCGCGCCCGGGAGCAAGACGUUUCAGUUGCUCGAGAUGUUGCAUCACAAGGCGAGCGGCGAGACGGGCGCCGAGGCGCCCGCCGGGGUCGUCGUCGCGAACGACGCGUCGCUGCAGCGCGCGAACCUCUUGACGCACCAGACGAAGCGCAGCAACUCCCCGGCGUUGAUCGUGACGAACCACCAGGCGCAGAAGUUCCCGUUCCUGAUCGAGGCGGGGAAGGGCGGCGACGAGAGAAGACCGAUCCUGUUCGAUCGCGUGUUGGCGGACGUGCCGUGUUCGGGCGACGGGACGCUGCGUAAAUCCCCGGACUUGUGGAAGAAGUGGACGCCCGGCUCGGGCGUGGACCUUCACGGGCUGCAGCUCGAGAUCGCGACGCACGCGGUCAGGCUUCUGAAGGUGGGAGGAAGGCUCGUGUACAGCACGUGCUCGCUGAACCCGCUCGAGGACGAAGCCGUCGUCGCCGCGUUGUUGCGACGCGGCAAAGGGUCGUUGAAGCUCGUGGACGUCUCCGAGAAGCUCCCGGGGUUGAAGCGACGGCCGGGCAUGCGCACGUGGCACGUCGGGGACGUCUUCGGGUGGCACGAGACCCCGAACGGCGACGGACGAAGGCAGAGGAACGUGUGCGAGACGAUGUGGCCGCCGUCGGGGAAAGCCGCGUCGGAGAUGCGUCUCGAUCGUUGCGUCCGGAUCUUGCCGCACCUGGACGACACCGGCGGUUUCUUCAUCGUCGCGAUCGAUAAGGUCGCGGAA